CCUGCCGGAGCCGCGGCGGCUGGAAUCAGCUCCUUCGCUCCUUCCAUCCUCCCCCUUCUCUCGAGCGGCCCCAUCACUGCGCCGGGCCCCCCUCCCCUGCCGUCAUCACGCUCCCCUUCUCCCUUCUUGGCACUUUCCUCUCGAACCAUCCUUCUGGACAAACUUUGAUGGAGAAUUUCACACCACGCUGGAAAAAUGCCGGUUAUGAAAGGAUUACUGGCGCCCCAGAACACCUUCCUCGACACCAUCGCCACCCGUUUUGACGGAACACAUAGCAACUUCAUCCUCGCCAACGCCCAGGUGGCUAAGGGUUUCCCCAUAGUCUACUGUUCGGAUGGCUUCUGUGAGCUUGCUGGAUUUGCCCGGACAGAAGUCAUGCAGAAGAGUUGUAGCUGCAAAUUCUUAUUCGGGGUUGAGACCAACGAGCAACUGAUGCUUCAGAUAGAAAAGUCCUUGGAGGAAAAAGCAGAAUUCAAAGGAGAAAUUAUGUUCUACAAGAAGAACGGGUCUCCAUUUUGGUGCCUAUUGGAUAUUGUCCCUAUAAAGAAUGAGAAAGGAGAUGUGGUCCUUUUUCUGGCCUCAUUCAAAGAUAUAACAGAUACAAAAGUGAAGAUUACUCCAGAAGAUAAAAAAGAAGACAAAGCCAAAGGGAGAUCAAGAACAGGGACCCACUUUGAUUCAGCCCGGAGACGGAGCCGAGCGGUCCUUUAUCACAUCUCUGGCCACCUGCAAAGAAGAGAAAAGAACAAAUUGAAAAUAAAUAAUAAUGUUUUUGUAGAUAAACCAGCAUUUCCGGAGUAUAAAGUUUCUGAUGCAAAAAAGUCCAAAUUCAUACUUUUGCAUUUCAGCACUUUCAAAGCCGGCUGGGACUGGCUUAUUCUAUUGGCGACGUUUUAUGUUGCCGUGACCGUACCUUACAACGUUUGCUUUAUUGGCAAUGAUGACCUAUCGACAACUCGGAGCACAACAGUCAGUGACAUUGCAGUGGAGAUUCUUUUUAUUAUAGAUAUUAUUUUAAAUUUUCGAACAACCUAUGUCAGCAAGUCUGGCCAAGUUAUCUUUGAAGCAAGAUCAAUUUGCAUCCACUAUGUCACAACCUGGUUCAUCAUUGAUUUAAUUGCUGCCCUGCCUUUUGACCUCCUGUAUGCUUUCAACGUCACAGUGGUGUCUCUCGUGCAUCUCCUGAAGACCGUCCGGCUGCUGCGUCUUCUGCGUCUCCUGCAGAAGUUGGACCGUUAUUCCCAACACAGCACAAUCGUCCUGACUCUGCUCAUGUCCAUGUUUGCCCUUCUUGCACACUGGAUGGCAUGUAUCUGGUAUGUCAUUGGAAAAAUGGAGAUGGAAGACAACAGCCUUCUGAAGUGGGAAGUUGGUUGGCUUCCUGAGCUGGGAAAGAGACUGGAAUCUCCAUACUACGGUAACAAUACUUUGGGGGGGCCGUCGAUCCGAAGUGCCUAUAUUGCCGCUCUGUACUUCACACUCAGCAGCCUCACCAGCGUUGGGUUUGGGAAUGUCUCUGCUAAUACAGAUGCAGAAAAGAUCUUUUCCAUCUGCACCAUGCUGAUUGGUGCCUUGAUGCAUGCCCUGGUGUUUGGAAACGUGACGGCGAUCAUACAGAGGAUGUAUUCCAGGUGGUCCCUCUAUCACACUAGAACCAAGGAUCUGAAGGACUUCAUACGUGUCCAUCACCUGCCCCAGCAGCUCAAGCAGAGGAUGCUUGAAUAUUUCCAAACAACCUGGUCAGUCAACAAUGGAAUAGAUUCCAAUGAGCUUUUGAAAGACUUUCCAGAUGAGCUUCGUUCUGACAUCACCAUGCACCUGAACAAGGAAAUCUUACAGUUGUCCCUUUUUGAGUGUGCCAGCCGGGGCUGCCUCAGGUCUCUGUCCCUACACAUCAAAACCUCCUUCUGUGCUCCAGGGGAGUAUCUGCUGCGUCAGGGAGAUGCUUUGCAGGCUAUCUACUUUGUAUGCUCGGGCUCCAUGGAAGUUCUUAAAGACAGCAUGGUGCUGGCGAUUCUUGGGAAAGGAGAUUUAAUUGGAGCCAAUCUAUCAAUUAAGGACCAAGUGAUCAAGACCAAUGCGGAUGUGAAGGCGCUAACCUACUGUGAUCUUCAGUGCAUCAUCCUCAAAGGACUCUUCGAAGUGCUGGACCUUUACCCAGAAUAUGCUCACAAAUUUGUGGAAGACAUUCAGCAUGACCUCACAUACAACCUUCGAGAAGGUCACGAGAGUGAUGUGAUAUCAAGAUUAUCGAACAAAUCUACGGUCUCACAGCCAGAGCCCAAGGGAAAUGGCAGCAUCAAGAAGAGACUCCCAUCCAUUGUGGAAGACGAGGAAGAGGAAGAGAGCCGGGAGGAGGAGGAGACUGCAUCCCUCUCCCCCAUCUACACUAGGGGAUCUUCCUCUUCCCGUAGCAAGAGGCCUGGAAGCAGUAAGAGCUAUCUCGGCUUAAGCCUGAAGCAGCUGGCCUCGGGAACAGUGCCAUUUCACUCACCUGUCAGAGUCUCCAGUUCCAAUUCCCCCAAAAGCAAACAGGAAGCCGACGCCCCUAACCAUGGUAAAAGAAAAGAGAAGAACUUGAAAUUGCAACUUUCAGCUUUGAACAAUGCUGGACCCCCAGACCUCAGUCCAAGGGUUGUUGAUGGAAUUGAAGAUGGAAACUGCAGUGAGGAAAGCCAGUCUUUUGACUUUGGCUCUGAACGAGUCAGACCGGAGCCCCGAAUUUCUCCUCCUCUUGGAGACCCAGAGAUUGGAGCUGCUGUCCUCUUCAUCAAAGCAGAGGAGACCAAGCAGCAGAUAAACAAACUCAACAGCGAGGUAACGACACUGACUCAGGAGGUGUCCCAGUUAGGUAAAGACAUGAGGACUGUGAUGCAGCUUCUGGAACACGUCGUGUCCCCCCAGCAGCCCGCUCGGUUUUGCUCUCUGCACACCACCUCUGUGUGUCCCUCCAGCUUACAGACCAGGAUGACCUGGAGCACGCACCAACCCUGUCUACACUUGCAAGCAGGUGGAGCCGCUUAUACCCAAGCCCAGCUUUGUCAUGGGAAUGUCACCCCUGACAUAUGGAGUGUGGAUCCCUCCUCUGUGGGGAGCAGCCCCCAGCGAACUGGCGUUUACGAGCAAAAUCCUGCAGGCGGUGAACUGUAUCAUUCUCCGAACCUUGAUUAUUCACCUGCCCGCUACCAGGUCGUCCAAGAAGGUCGUUUGCAGCUUUUAAGGUGCAUCUCUCCACAGUCAGACACUACGCUGAUGCCUCUGCAGUCCAUCUCGGCCACUCUCUCGUCCUCUGUCUGUUCCUCCUCAGAAACAUCUUUGCACCUGGUUCUCCCAAGCAGAUCGGAGGAGGGCAGCUUGGGCCAAGGAGCCAUGAGUUCCUUCAGUCUGGAAAACCUGCCAGGAUCUUGGGACCGGGAAGGAAGGGCAUCCAUCACUACUGAACCCUCGGAGAACUUUCCACUGGAAGUUGUCACAAGCCCAGCAGAAGUGAAAGAUACUAAAGCCAUAAACGUAUGAUAUUAGGGCAUGUGAGGCAGCCGCCAGUUUCAGCUCCACCACUGCAUGACAGCCCUGGUUUGCCUUUCUUGCCUCUGGCAGCAUGAAGACUGGGCAAGGCUGGGAGACCUGUGGAAGAGAGGGUCCGGGGAAAGGCAGAACCACCUCCAGACUGUAGCAAACACUUCCUGGAUCCUAGAAACAAAAUAGGAACAUUUUCCUGUACAGGCAUUAACUUCCUGGUCUGUUUGACAGACUUUGGUAAAAGUCCAAAGACCCUGAGGGUCUGAGCAGCUAGAUGUCCCAGACAGAGAAUGUGUGGAUUCAUUUUGUCCUAGGUGGCUUUUGUGAAGUGCAGCAAAGUUUUUCCUGAGUGCCUGUGUGUCACUCCUGAACAGUAUCUAUAGGACUGUGGGCCCUGGGAGUGCACAGCUCUUGCUGAUCUAUUUUUCAAAUGCAGAAGGCAAAGGGACACUUAUCACUGCAUGUCAUCUCCUAGACAAUCAGUCACACAGAGCUGGUGGCCAGUGGUCAGCUAUUGCACGUUAUUUGCCAUGUAAAUGAAUAUGUCUUUAUUUAUCAGAAAAAAAAGAGACACUAUUUUUAUAUCCUUGGUAUGAAAUAUGUAUUUAAACUAUUUAAAUUAUUUAUAAAGAAAUGAAUGUUUUCAUUUUGGUAAAAAAAAAAAAGCUUGCCGUUUUAACAAGAAAUGCACUACUGUUAUGUAUAGUAGAUUAAAACUUAUUAUUCAGAGGAUGUAGUUUCAAAAGGAAGCCCCCCAUUUAUCUGCAUGCAGUUUGCAACAAAUGUAUCCUCACACUUCUGGAUUACAAAAGAAAAGAGAGGUCAUAUUUCAUUAAUGAAGUAAAAACCUGGACUGAGUGUCUGGCAUGGUAGGGGGAGGGGGGGAGUCCACCUGGUCUCUGGGGACUCAGGUAACAACCUGAACUGAGGCUGCCCCCUCUGCGCCUGUGUAAAUGUCUCUCCUCCAGCCAUCUUACUUCGUGGUUCUGGAACCCAAAACUGGUCUGGGGAAUAUGAGAUCGCAACUACAUUGAGCUCUUUUGGCCUCAAAACGAGGAAGAAAACCUUGGGUGUAUCCUUCCUCUGUGCUGUUCUUUCAGGAGCGCUUGCGCAGACCGGUGAAAAUUCCAAAAUGAAGCCGAGACUUCAGAGUUCCGAUUUGUGAGAGGGAUGCCAGCUUGCUUUGGAUCAGCACUUUAAUUAUUUUUCUUUAAAGCGCUCAACAUUGCUGUAAGUUAUGCAGAGCGGGUGUUUUCAUUCUCAUGUUGCAGAGGUUAAAUUAAUAAAGUCCCAGCAAUUACACAGCUAGGGAGCUAGAGACCGUCUAGAACCUAUAGUGCUUUCUACAUCUCAACCAAUACCCAAAUUCAGAUGCUGGCGUGGUAAUGAUAUAAACGCCUUCACUUCAGGUUUAUUGUAUGUUUAAGAACAUGUCAGGGCUCAUCAUCCCAGAUGUUCUUAGAAAACAUAUUGAAUUCACAUUCUGGAGUCACCCUGUUCUUAUUUCCCACCACAGAGCAUAAGCAAUUUGAAAACUGUUAUUAUUAAAAACAUGUACACA